CUAAUCUCAUCUCAAAUAACAAAAAUCCCAUGCUCUUAAAAUGCAAACAUUUCUAAAAUUCUGAUUCUAGGGUUUUCAGCCUUUAUAUAUAAGUAACUUAUAGAAAAUUCUUCCUACUUCUUCCACCUUAAAAACCAUACCGGCUACAGCUCUAGCUUCAGAGCCCAAAGCUUUAACCAUGGCGGAUGUGGAGACAGAUGUGGCGGCGGCCGGAAUUCCAAAGAAGAGAACAUUCAAGAAGUUUAGCUUCAGAGGCGUUGAUUUGGAUGCUCUCCUUGAUAUGUCCACCGAUGAGCUCGUCAAGCUGUUCCCUGCUCGUGCCCGCAGAAGGUUCCAGAGGGGUCUCAAGCGAAAGCCCAUGGCUUUGAUUAAGAAACUCCGCAAGGCGAAAAGGGAGGCCCCACCUGGCGAGAAGCCAGAACCAGUCAGAACACACCUGCGUAAUAUGAUCAUUGUUCCCGAAAUGAUUGGAAGCAUUAUUGGUGUGUACAAUGGCAAGACAUUCAAUCAAGUUGAAAUCAAGCCUGAAAUGAUUAGCCAUUACCUUGCUGAGUUCUCUAUUUCAUACAAGCCAGUUAAGCACGGUAGACCUGGUAUUGGUGCUACUCAUUCUUCUAGGUUCAUUCCUCUGAAGUGAAGUCCUUUCCUGGUGUUACUAUGAAGAGAUAUUUAUGUUGAUCAAAUUUUGUUUGUUGCACUUUUGGUAAUGACAAUUUUAUAUCCUUUCAGUUGUUACAUCAGAUAAUGAGACUUGCUUAUGUUUUAAA